GCCAAGACCAAGGCCAAGCCGCAUAUUUGUUGUAGUUGGAACAGUACUUAAAUCUUCCUAUAGGCAUUUUCUAGGAGCCAAAACACAUUAUAUAAACACCCAAAAAAAAAAACACAUAACACUUCCAAGGCCUUUUUAGAGAAGAGAAAGAAGGAAGAGAGGCCUUGCUAUAUUAAUAAUAAUAUAACAUUUUCUUUUCUUUCUGUUUCAUCUUCUCUUCUCCCAUUCUUUCUUUCUGUUUUUGUGUUCAUGGGCUUGGUUGGAUUGAGAUCUAAGAUGGGUUUAUUCUAAGUAUUGUUUUUUUUUUUUUUUGUACUUUUGUUUUGGGGUUAUUGCGGGUGUUUGAAGUAAUACUUGUUGGAUUUUAAGCUCUUCUUCACUGACAUUUCUGCUCUGCCAUUUCUUCCAUUGUUUCUUUCUUCUCUCCUUUUUUUUUUUUGUGUGUGUGUUUUGCUUAUCAAAGAAGCAAAAGCCACCCUAUAAAUAUAUUCUUACUCUUUAAACAAAGGAAGGUUCUUUAAAGUCCAUAUAGAUCUACUGAGCAAAAUAAACGACAAUCUUCACUACUUGUACACUCUUUCUCUCGUUUUGUUUUUCUUUGCUCUGUUUUUUUCAUUUUCAAUAGCUGAAAAUGGAACGGUUGAGUGGGACAAGUAUUCUUCCAGACACAUUUGAAGGUACCAGAGAUGACAUUGUAAGUCAAAUGGGAUUAAUUUGGGGUCAGAUCAAAGCUCCAUUGAUAGUUCCUUUGCUACAACUUGCUGUCGUUUUGUGCUUAAUCAUGUCGUUGAUGCUUUUCAUCGAGAGAGUUUACAUGGGCAUUGUGAUUGUUCUUGUCAAACUCUUUGGUCAAAAACCAGAAAAACGUUACAAAUGGGAACCCAUUAGAGAUGAUGUUGAGCUUGGUAACUUAGCUUAUCCCAUGGUUUUGGUACAAAUCCCAAUGUACAACGAAAGAGAGGUUUAUCAACUCUCUAUUGGAGCUGCAUGUGGGCUUUCAUGGCCAUCUGAUAGAAUCAUCGUACAAGUACUAGAUGACUCAACAGACCCAACAAUCAAGGAUUUGGUUGAGUUAGAAUGCCAAAGAUGGGCUAGCAAAGGUAUAAAUAUUAAGUACGAAAUAAGAGACAAUAGAAAUGGUUACAAAGCUGGUGCUUUGAAAGAAGGCAUGAAACGAAGCUAUGUCAAAGACUGCGACUACGUAGCCAUUUUCGAUGCAGAUUUUCAGCCCGAACCAGACUUUUUAUGGCGAACCAUUCCUUUUCUUGUUCACAACUCUGAAUUGGGUCUGGUUCAGGCUCGUUGGAAAUUUGUGAACUCAGAUGAGUGCUUGAUGACAAGAAUGCAAGAAAUGUCACUGGAUUACCAUUUCACUGUGGAGCAAGAAGUGGGCUCCUCCACCUAUGCCUUCUUUGGAUUCAAUGGCACAGCUGGUGUUUGGAGAAUUGCUGCACUGAAUGAGGCAGGAGGUUGGAAAGACCGGACCACAGUGGAAGACAUGGAUUUAGCUGUUAGAGCUAGUCUUAAAGGGUGGAAAUUUGUCUACCUUAGUAAUCUUAAGGUUAAAAAUGAAUUGCCUAGUACAUUAAAGGCCUACCGUUAUCAACAACAUCGUUGGUCUUGUGGUCCAGCCAAUCUUUUCAGGAAAAUGGUUAUGGAGAUUAUAAAGAACAAGAAAGUUACAACUUGGAAGAAGGUGCAUGUUAUUUACAGCUUCUUCUUUGUCAGGAAGAUCGUGGCGCAUAUCAUUACGUUCAUCUUUUACUGCAUUGUUUUGCCUGCAACUGUUAUUGUACCAGAAGUUCAGGUUCCUAAAUGGGGAGCUGUAUAUAUUCCUUCAAUCAUUACCCUUCUUAAUGCUGUUGGAACUCCAAGGUCACUCCAUUUAAUAGUUUUCUGGAUUCUUUUUGAGAAUGUCAUGUCCUUACACCGAACUAAGGCUACUAUCAUCGGUCUUCUAGAGACGAGCAGAGUGAAUGAAUGGGUUGUGACUGAAAAACUAGGAGACGCCCUCAAAGGAAAAGCAUCAAAAACACCGAAAAAACCUCGGUUUAAGAUUGGAGAAAGGCUUCAUUUGCUGGAGCUUGGGGUGGGAGUUUACCUUUUCUUCUGCGGCUGUUAUGAUGUUCUCUUUGGCAAGAACCACUUCUUCAUUUACCUUUUCGUACAAGCAAUAGCCUUUUUCAUCAUGGGGUUUGGAUAUGUUGGCACCUUUGUCCCAAACUCUUAAUAGGGAACCCAAUAAUAAGAUCAAUGAUCAAGUAUCCUCUGAUCUCUCUCUUAGCCAUGUGCCUUCAUAAACAUACUUUUCUUCACCAACGUAAUAUCUGCUUUUUUAAAAAUUGUGAGUUGUCUCCUAUAGCUUGUAAAAAAGAAGGGGAAAAAAGAAAAAAGAAAAAAGAAAAAAAAAAUUAUAUUGUCAUUCUUUUCAAGUUCAUCAUAAAAUUUCGAGUUAGUGAACUCGAAGAUCUGUUAGUUCUCUUGUGAAUAUUCAAGAAAUGUAACGAGAAAACACAAAAAGGAAAUGUUGUAUGAAAUGAAGCACAAAGAGGGGGAAAAAGAUCAAGUGAAGUAAAAUCUUCUGGGUUUGACCACCCAAGUAGGUUGAAGUUAUUUGAGUGAAUUGCUUGUAAUUGUGAAAUUUUGUAGUUGUCUUUCUAUUUCCUUGGAAUUGUUUGAGAAAAAAGAAAGUAAGAAAUGAGAUAAAGUCUACAGUUAUAAUGUA